AUGGAAGCAGCCAGCCAUACACGCAAGCAGCGUCUGGAAGCCUUGAAUAAUAGAACACACGGCACCGGCGAGCACAUAGUUAAAUUCAGAAACUACGAUCCAACGAGUAGAGAGGUAAAGAAGGGCGAUAACAGCCAGACCUCCGUCGACACAGUCGAAUCCGCUGUCACUGGUUUAGUUGAUUCUAUCCUCGAUAAAGAUGAGGAGCUGCGUAAUGAGGAUUUGGAUAUCUUCAAUAUCGCACCAAAGAGACCAAACUGGGAUAUGAGGAGGCAAUUGACCAAUAAGAUGUCUCUAUUGAAUAAGGCUGAUCAGCUAGCUAUCAAUACACUGUUACGCAAUAGACUUUCUAAUCCCAACGACAAUAACGUAAACAACGGUGCUGCUUUAGCCAGUGCCUCAAACAAACUCAUCCAUUACUCAGACCAAGAUGAUUGA